ACUCCGUAGUAACGUGCACGGGCUUAUUAAGAUGAACACUUGAGACUAGAGAGUAGAGAUAAGUGAGUAGUACCUGACUUGGGGUUUUCAUCAAUCUCAAACAUCACCAUUGAAGCUGACCAAAGCAACCAGGAACUUUCUCCUAUAUAAUUCAUGGCGGCUACAUCAUCUUCUUCAGUCAUUUCUUGGUGUUGCAAACCUCAGCGCAAGGCGGCGACACCAUGGUUCAACUCUCUGACAAUUUCAACACUUCCAAAACCCUUUUCAUUAUCUCUAAAACCCUCUAAUUUUGUUAAAUUUACCCCCAUUAAAACUCAAGCCAGAGCAGUAGACCUUGAUGAUGUUGUGAAUAUUGCUGAUGAUGUCACUCAGUUGAUUGGGUGCACACCAAUGGUAUAUCUCAACAGAGUUACUGAAGGCUGUUUAGCAAACAUUGCUGCAAAACUUGAAUCCAUGGAACCUUGCCGAAGUGUAAAGGACAGAAUUGGGUGUGCUAUGAUAUCAGAGGCUGAACAAAGUGGAGCAAUUUCUCCUGGAAAGUCCAUAUUGGUGGAGCCUACAAGUGGAAAUACUGGAAUUGGUAUUGCUUUUGCAGCAGCGACAAAGGGGUAUAAAUUAAUAGUCACAAUGCCUGCAUAUGUAAAUAUUGAAAGGCGGAUUAUUUUACGUGCAUUUGGAGCUGAAGUUAUUCUAACAGACCCUAUGAAAGGCAUGAAAGGUGCUGUUGAGAAGGCCGAGGAACUUGUUCUGAGCACUCCAAAUGCUUACAUGUUACAACAAUUCGAUAAUGUUGCCAAUACUAAGAUCCAUUUUGAAACUACGGGUCCAGAGAUAUGGGAAGAUACUUUGGGUAGUGUUGACAUCUUUGUGGCUGGAAUGGGCACUGGUGGAACUGUCACUGGCACUGGACGUUAUUUGAAAAUGGUUAACAAAGACAUUAAGGUAAUAGGUGUAGAACCUGCUGAAAGAGGUGUUAUCUCUGGAGAAAACCCAGGAUAUGUGCCAAGUAUCUUGGAUAUUAAAUUACUUGACGAAGUUUUGAAGGUUUCCAACGGUGAAGCAGUUGAGAUGGCCAGGAGAUUGGCGUUGGAGGAAGGUUUACUGGUUGGAAUAUCUUCAGGAGCAGCAGCUGCUGCUGCAAUAAAAGUAGCAAAGAGGCCUGAGAAUGCUGGAAAGCUUAUUGCUGUGAUAUUUCCAAGUUUUGGUGAAAGAUAUAUUCCUACUGUUCUGUUCCAAUCUAUAUACAAAGAUGCACAAAAUAUGGUGGUAGAAUAGUGUCCGAAGGAUAAAUAUAAGCAUCCCAAACACUUGCAAAUGUGAGCAGAGGAUUGCGUAGUCUUCAUGACCAGCAAAGAUCAGCCGAGGCCAUAAUUCUUAAGUUCUGAUGCUUGGCAUCCUACAGUGCACUCACAAAUUCAACCGAUGGCAGUACUCCGUCUAACCCCCUAAGUUCUUCUCCAGAGUUCUGUCUUUUGACACGGUCAUCAAGUCGCAUUCUCUUUGUCUAACGCCAGUGCACUCACAAAGUGAUCCAUGGAAUGUAGAUAUUGGAAGUUGUAUGCGCGAUGAAGACACUUUCAGCUGGGUACAAAGGUCCUGACUUCUUGAGUUAGAGAGCAAUUUAAAACUCUAGUAUCAUUGUUUUGUAAUGCUUAGCUGAAGUUGGAUAUUAAGAGAAAUGAUGAGUUCAUUUUUUUUCCUGAACAAACUGUUACAAUAAACAUCAAUCUCAAUCAGUUCUAAGGAAAUUUUGUGAACAAACUGCCUAAAAUUUUGUCA